UCAUAUAGAUUGACAACACGGAAGGUUUAGUUGUGUUGGUUCAGUUUCUAUCUUUAGUCGAAGUCUGUGCAUUUUUGUGCAAUACGUCAUGUGCCUGCGUUUGAGAUAAGAUUAGUUAAAAUCAAUACCUCCGGGAUCUAAACGCUGAAAGAAGUAUCAGUAAUGUGAUAACUGGACAGACAGAUCUAGAAGGAGAGACACAGCACACAUCAGAUGGGGGCCUGCAAGGGGUGUAGCCAGUUCUUCCUGGUUCUGGUCAACAUAAUCUUCUCGUUGAUUGGGAUAGCAUUGUUAGUGGUGGGCUGCAUAGUAAGAUGGGGGAACGAAUUCAUGAACAACCUGCUACAGGACUCGUACAGCAAGCUGACCAAAGCUCUGCAAGACGCCGGAGUGGAUAGCAAUCUCAACGACUUCAAUAUUGCAGACUUCGUUGGAGAUGCCACUUUGGCUUUCAUUAUACUUGGCGCCUUUUUCUUCGUCCUCGGUAUCCUUGGUUGCAUAGGCGCUUGUUGCCAAGUCAAGUGCAUGCUUGUAAUAUACGUAAUAUUCCUCGUCAUAUUGCUGCUGGUAGAAGUAACUUUCAUCAUACUGAUAUUUGCUGUCCGUAGCGAAGUUGACAGUUGGAUCAAAAAACCAUUCAAGACUGCAAUACAAAAGGAAUACAAAGGAAUAAAUGCAACCGAUUCCAUUUCCAUAGCCAUCAACUUUGUUUCCGUUGAGUUCAAGUGUUGCGGCGUUGAGAACUCUGGAGACUUCAAUUCUUCAACCCUAUGGAGACAUGAAACCAAUGUGGCGAAUCCAGUCAUCCCCGCCAUAUGUUGCAAAAACAAAACGGAGUCUGAAAUCAGUGACUGUGUACAGCACCCGGAUGACAAUAAUUCCUACAGAAAUCAGGGUUGCUAUGAAGCGAUAGAGAGCUGGUUAACCGACAACCAAAACGUCAUGAUAGGCGUGGGGGCGGCGGUGCUGGCUGUUGAGUUACUCUUGAUGAUUUUUUCGCUGAUUGUUUGUAAAACGAACAGGAAAAAGGACGACUAUGACGAAUACUGAUGUCACGUGAUCAACUGUUGUGUGAACACAACACAGAGAUAAUUCUAACUGAUUGCAAUACUACAAGUCUACAAAUCAUCUAUGACAAUCCUAUUCCGUGUAUUAUUGCAUAUGGUGUGCUAACAUUGUUUUAGUGUAUUUUCGUCGCUGUAUUGUCAAGUUUUGUUUAAUGUUUUUUACGACUUCAUACAUAUUGUAUGAAAAUUGACUUUUGUUUUAUUUUUUAACAAAUCAUUGUACAUGUACACAGAUUCAUUGUAUUAUUUCUCGUCAGAGAAGUUCCAUGUUACCGGAAUCUUAACGUAUAUGCUUUUUCUGCAUUAACUGUAAGAAAUUUAAAAUGAAUGGUCUUUUACACGGCAUACAUGUGAUAUGAUUUAUGAACAGGGUAAUGAUCAAUGGAAACGCCAUGUAAAGAAAAAAGUGAAUAUGCAUCACCAAGUCUAUACGUGUAUACCCGCCAUCUUCGUUGUUUGAACUACUCUCUUUUCAUUUUUUUUUGCAAAUAAUAUUAUAAUAAACAUUGUCUGUGUUGGAUUUUAAAGGAAAUAAUAAAAGAUGAGUUUCUUAA